UGUUUGUAGUUUAUGAAGCAGUGACGGGAGUGCGUUGGAUUGCGGGAAGCACAACCGGCGUAUGAUAGCGGGACGCAGCCAGAGCGGGUUCCCUGGUUGUUGUUAUCUUGACAUAUUUCUGCUCGUCACUGGUGGAGGUUUGCCUUCGGUUGACUCCAUAACGAAGAAAGCUACAGAGGGGAGCGGCUGAGGCGAUGGAUGUUACUCAACCGAAGCAGGAGCACCUCUUGGCCCUCAAAGUGAUGAGAUUAACCAAGCCUACCUUGUUCACCAAUAUCCCUGUGACCUGUGAAGAGAGAGACUUGCCAGGAGACCUGCUCAACCAGUUAAUGAAAGAUGAUCCUUCUACUGUAAAAGGGGCAGAAACACUAAUGCUUGGAGAAAUGUUGACUUUGCCUCAGAACUUUGGAAAUAUAUUCUUAGGAGAGACAUUUUCCAGCUACAUUAGCGUACAUAAUGACAGUCACCAAGUGGUAAAAGACAUUUUGGUAAAGGCUGACUUACAGACAAGUUCGCAGCGUUUGAAUCUUUCAGCCUCCACUGCAGCAGUGGCAGAACUCAAACCAGACUGUUGCAUUGAUGACGUCAUUCACCAUGAAGUAAAAGAAAUAGGGACACACAUCUUAGUGUGUGCCGUAAGUUACACCACACAGACAGGUGAGAAGAUGUACUUCAGAAAGUUCUUCAAAUUUCAGGUUCUCAAACCCUUAGAUGUGAAAACUAAAUUCUACAAUGCUGAGAGUGACCUCAGUUCUGUGACUGACGAAGUUUUUCUGGAAGCUCAGAUUCAGAAUAUCACAACCUCCCCCAUGUUUAUGGAGAAGGUUUCAUUAGAACCUUCUAUUAUGUACAAUGUUGCAGAAUUAAAUGCUGUCAGCCGAAGUGGGGAAAGUAUGUCCACGUUUGGGACGAGGACAUAUUUGCAACCUAUGGACACACGUCAGUAUUUAUACUGCCUAAAACCAAAGCAAGAAUUUGCAGAGAAAGCAGGAGUCAUUAAAGGCGUAACAGUAAUUGGAAAGUUAGACAUUGUAUGGAAGACAAAUUUGGGGGAAAGAGGAAGGUUGCAAACUAGUCAGCUCCAACGAAUGGCCCCAGGUUAUGGGGAUGUGAGGCUUUCAUUGGAGACCAUACCAGACACAGUAAACGUGGAAGAACCUUUUGAUAUUACAUGUAAAAUAACAAAUUGCAGCAGUGAAAGGACUAUGGACCUGGUUUUGGAAAUGUGCAACACUAAUUCCAUUCACUGGUGUGGCGUAUCGGGAAGACAGCUGGGCAAACUGCACCCCAUUUCAUCCCUCCACCUGACACUUACACUGCUAUCAUCAGUACAAGGGCUACAAAGCAUCUCUGGCUUGAGACUAACAGACACCUUUUUGAAGAGAACGUACGAGUAUGAUGAUAUUGCACAAGUCUGCGUGGUUUCUUCAAAAAUAAAAGAGAACUGAAAGAAAAUCAUCUUUUUGUUUUUAAUAUUUGUCACUGAGCUAUUUAGACCAAAUGUCUAGUAACAAAAUUAUGACUAUGCCAAACGACAUCCAUCUGUAAUGGAAGCAAGUAUUUCCUUAUUUAACUGUCCCUCUGGAAGUCAAUCUGGCAUCUCUGGAAUGUUUAAAAACAGUUCUUUUUUGUAAAGAGCCAAUAUACUAUUUUAAUCUAUUUGGAAAUAAAG